AUGAGAACCAUCGAGCUGAAGGCCGACAACGGCGACGUUCAAUUCGAACCGCUUUACCCUAUGACCGCAGAUCAAGAGGAGGAUCACGAGAAGGUUCUCGCCGCAUUCGACAUACUGACUGCGAUGAGCAGCCACCGUAGUCUCAGUAAUUCCAUGUGGUCUGACGAAAACUACAAGGCGCGCAUGGAGUUGAAGAAGAAGGCCACUCCGUGUUACAAGCCGACUCGGCUGACCGCUUUCAGGCUUGGUUCUGCCAAAGUCUCUGCCUCUUCUUCCUCUUUGAUGUCCCACCAACAACAAGCCGGAUACAUUCCACCACAUCUUCGUCCUGCAGUCCAGCCAACAAGCUCUCCUACUCCGACUCCGACUCCGACUCCUACUUCACCUCUCCGCUUGAGUGCUGCUGCUGCGGCUUUCGUCCCUCGGUCCCCGCCAUCUUUCCCUCUACAAGGAACUGCAGCCCCUCGCCUGAGCGCUACAGCCACAGCCUUUUCUCCACAAUCACCUUCUCAACCUCCACCAAGUCCACCUUGUCUGAGCGCUGCAGCUUCAGCAUUCACCCCUCUCAGCCCUGCUGCCUUCGUCCCAUCUACAUCAUCGACAACCACAAAAACCCAACCACCUACAACUGGUUACGUUCUGCCGCACUUGCGCCGCCGUCCUGACACCACUACUCUUUGCGCUAAAUCUGCUACAGAUAAGCCUGCUGAAGUGGCCGUCAAGGAGACAAAGAUUGUGGCCCAGAUCGAACCUCACCUUCAAGCACCCCGAGUUGGAUCUGAGAAGUUUGCCGUCGUCGUUGAACCCGCUCCUUACGUCCUCCCACAUCUUCGCCGCGCGGGAAACGCCACAGCUCUGCAAACAAGUCCUGAGAAGCCUGCUGAGACAACAUCCACAAUACCUUUCCAAGCUACACCGUUCCAAGCUACACCCUCUGAAGCUACACCCGCACAUGUUUUCGAGCCUGCUGCACUCCCAAACAACGCCUUUAUUUCUGUCACAUCUGCUACUCCUGACAAACCUGCUGCUACAUCCCCCGAGGACACGAAGAAGGAUGAAUUCAUGGAGUGGAUAAGCAAGAAGAAUGCGCUGCCCAAGAUUGUGACUAAGAUCGAGAGAGCUCCUUCCGUGGUCGCAGUCAAGACCCAAGAAAUGCCUUCCUACCAAGUCCAGCCUCCAGCUGCAGAGUACCAAAAGCCUGCUGAUAGUUCGGCUUUGAAGGAUGUCUCUGCCGAGGUUAAGAUAUCGCGGAGCCAAGAGCGCGAAGCUGCAGAGGUUGCUGCGUUCUUGGAUCAUAUUUCAAAGGGUAAUAAGCUCAAGAAUUACGGCGGACCGAAGCAACUUCACAACAUGUCCGCUACGCCCAACAACCCCUUUGCGAAGGAAAAGUUCCACCUGAAGCAGAAUUCUAUCCAGAAAUUCCAAGAAUCCUUGGAGGCCGGUGCGACUGCUCCCACUUCGGGCAAGAAGUGGACCAACGCUGCCGUUGUAAAUGCGCAACAAGUUCAGCCAAUUGUCAACUCCUUCGAGGCUCCUAUCACUCAAAACGCCGCUUCCGCUUUUCAGACCAGACCAGUAGGGUUGGCUGAGAACAAGAAGCCCGUGGAUCAAAUUGGUCAAAUGGGUCCACAGGCUAUCUUUAACCCCAACAGCAAGGCUCCCAACGGAUCUGCUCAUCUUACCGGUACCGGAACCACCAAGCCAGCUGGAUGGGCCACCCCCAUGAAGUUCAUAGCUGCCAAAAUCUGCUCAGAUAUCAAGAGCCAGCCACCUAUCGCUGUUGAAGAUGCUCAUCCCCUGACUAAGGGUGCACUCAUCAAAACCACAGGCUUCAAACCCGCCAAGGAGAGCGGAUCUUUCGGUGCCCGGAUCAGCAACACUGGCGUUGCUCCCGCAGUACCUUCUCAAGAUAUUCGCGCCACUACAGGCAACGAUCCAUCAGCGCUUGUUGAUUGGAAUGGCGCUUGGGCCCCAGGUCCCUGCGACUGGGAGUACGAGCGAGGUGGCUUUGAUGACGGCUUCGUCCCUAACUACAUUCGCGACUGGCAAAACACCAUUCCAGCUGCCGCAUCAGUCUUGGUUGAUGUCAGCGCCCCUGGCUUCCUUGAUGGCACCUGUCCACUUAGAGAUGCUGAAUUGAUGCUUCCUGUUAUUUAUGAUGGGCCAACCUUCCCAGACAUUGAAGGCUCAGAGGACAACAACAAGCGCUUAUACCAGAUUGCCGAGCAUGAGGCUCACAACUUUCUUGUCACCUGGGAGCGAAAGCAGAUGCGCGAGAAGAAGAUGAUCGAGUUGAGUAAUCAGCGUCAUGCUGAGAUUGCCAAUAUGCCUCGGGAGCCAAAUCCCUUUGCGCCACAGAUUGACGUAUACCUCCGUCCAGUCGAGUACAAGGAUGUUGCAGACCUUACUAUCAUCUAUAACCACUACGUCAUGAACACAGACAUCCCUGAGGAUCAAGAGAAGAUCGCCGUUGAGGAUAUGUCGGAGAUCAUCAGAAUCACCAAGGCCGAGAAGUUGCCGUUCAUCGUCGCUGUCAAGGGACGCAUGCCAACCUCGAAUGAUGCUCAGGGUCGCUCAGGUUCCAAGAAGGUCAUCAUGCCCGCAGUUGAAUCCGUUAUCGGCUUCUCAUUUUCGGAACGCUACGGCUACGGCUUCGCCUCGCGCGCAAAUGGAAGAUCCCGAGCUACUGCCACCCUCCAGUUGUACACCCACCCAGAUUACACUCGCAAGGGCGUUGGCCGUAACCUUCUUGACCGCCUCAUACACUGCAUCACACCUUCCUACGCCUAUAAGAACGCUUGCGGAUGGAUCAACCCCACCAACGACAAGGUCAAUGAGAGUGGCGGUGGUGGCACCUUCCAUCAGGUUCUUUUCCAGUUCCCAGUUGAGUCAAGAGACGAUCCCAAUAUCGGAUGGAUCUCACGCUUCUUCCUCAAGUUCCAUAUCCGCGAGAGCAACCCCAACAAGCGCCUGAAGGCAAUCUGUAGAAGCUCCCCCAGAGGCAUCCGAGCACAUUUUCUCGACAUGGCCAUCUUUCAAUACGAGACCCACCACGCGGCUGAGUUUGAUGCUUUUCUAUGA